UCCAUAUAAACGCCACCGGGAAUUUCCGAAAGAAUCACAUUCAGACGUCAAGACUGAACAAUGGUUAACAUGAGCUAUCGACAAUUUCUACUAAACUAUCCACAUUCGAGUUCAAGACAGUCGAGAAGGCGAGCGAAUAAAAGGAAAAGGAAUUGUUGGGACAAGUUAUCUCCAACAUAUUGGCAUACUUGAUUAACAGAGAAUUUCUAAAGGUCCAGUGUGAACCGUGUGGCCGAGUAUCUGUGCGUUGCGACCGAUUGGUGAGAUGACUGCCGAAUGGCUUCACCUGCCCCCGCCGUACCCCCCUGGCGUGGGGCCGUUGUGUGGUGCAGAGUUGGAGGCGUGGUAUGAGGACCUGCAGGAUAUUCUGGGCUCCGACACGGGAGGGGCAAAACUGGCACGUGCCCCCACAUGCACCGAGGUCAGUAGCUUGAAGAGGAAAAAGGCUUUCACACCCACAAUGAGUAAAGAGCCGGAGUUUCUGGAUGUUCUGGAGAGUUGUUCUCUGACAUGGCUGACGGACGGAAGCCAGACGUGGGGCGAAGGUGUCCAGAGGGCACCUGAGGAGAUCCACAACACCCAGCCUCUGCAUCACACCUCAUCAUCGUCCUCCUCUUCCUCCUCCUGCAUGAGUCCAGCUGUUGCAGAGGAGCGGCGGGGAGAUGCUGAGAGUGGGAGGAGUGGAAAUAGUUCGGCAGGAGGCAGCAGUGACCUGCUGCCUCCAGAGUUCUUUGAGUUGCUGAGUGAAGGAGGAGUGGGAAUGGUGGAUGCGAGCGGAGUGGUGAUCAGCAGUGGCUAUUAUUACCACCACCAUCAACACCACCAGGCUAAUAAUAUCCAUCCUGCAUCUCCCUCAGCCAGUGAGGAUGAACUGCCCUGUGUCCCCGAUUCCCCAUCAUGCUCCUCCUCAGCUUCCCAGUCGCCAUCUCAAAAUUGUUCUUCUCCCUCCUCACCUGUCUCUUCUUCUUCUGUCUACCCAUCCUCCCGCCUGGGAAAACGCAAGAGGACCACCAGCGAGCGGUCCAACAGUGCCUUGUCCUCUUUCGCCUCCUCCACACAGCGCACACCCCCAUCUUACUCGUCUGCCAAAAAGAGUCGCAAAGAAAGAGAGCACGAGAACGAAAGGAAGGUACAGGAGCUGACGGAGCAGAAUGAGCAUUUGAAAGCAGAGAUUGAUAGGCUGGGAGAGGAGGUACAGAGGACACGUAGAGCCCUGAUAGAGAGACUAGUCAACACCAGGAAAUGAGGAUAAAAGACAGGAUGAAAGAUGGAAAUAAAGAAAUGACAGGGCCUACAGAAUUGGAAUACUCAGUGGUGGGGGGAAAGGUGCAACAUGGUGGUCAUGAAAUGCCUCUUAGACAGGAAAGGAUGGAAACCAAAGAUAUAAGUACGAUGUUAAAAAAAAAAAAGUGAGCUAAAGAUGUCAAGAUGAAGGAAAGUGAUGAAAGUCAAGACAAGAGAGAAGGCACAGAAAAGAAAUGGCUGCAACAGCACUGCGGCAAAGAAAAAGACACAGCAUGUAUAAAGGAAGGGAAGGAACAGAUCGCUCCAAGUGCAAAUCAUACAGUGGCUUUGAUGAACGUUUGUCAUUUUAAACGAUGCCUACAUUUCAUCAGAUAGGAUUGUAUAAAUAGCAGUUAUGAGCAUUUGAUGAUUUGUAUGUAGAACAGAUGGAAGGUAAUUCAGAGAGUGCAUUUCAUUGUCAUCCGUUCCCACCAUUUUGCAAUAAAUUGUAACUCUUACUUUAAGGGCUGCUCUCUGGCUAGCAGAGAUUAUUUGCCCCAAUUUGUGGAGAGUUAAGGAGCUCAGGAAAAGUUUGAAAGUGCCCAGUGCAGUGUGAGUAUGAGAAUUGUUUUUUUUCUGGGGGGGGGGGAGAGAAAAUGCAUACCCUUUCUUACUUUUAUAACUCAUGGCUUGUGUGUAUGUGUAACUGUGUAUUUAGAUAAAGCAAGUAGGACCCCGGCUAUACUUUCUAAGCUGACCUUUUCUAUCAAUAUGGGAAUUUGUGGUGGAAUUUUUACAUUGCUCUACCUUGAUUUACUAUUUUUAUACAAUGCUGUAAUAUAUAUACAAUUGUACUGUAAUGGCUUUUGCUGUAACAUGCCAACAUAUCCACUGUUAUUUUCAAAUUGUUAAUCAUAGAAUAAUAUGCAUGGCUUUUUAUCACUGAUGGCAUUAAAUACCGUACCAUUUUAUUUUAUCCUUCUCUGUAAUCCCAAAUGUCCAAUAAAAAAAGAUGGAGAAAAUUU